AUGACGUGGUGCAAUGGUUUCAACGACGUGCGCGCCGCCGUGGAGAGCAGCCUGUCCCCGGCCGCCGCCGCCGUGGGCAAGAAGGCGGCGGCGUCGAUCGCCGUCCUGGUCAAGAUGUGCCCCUCCUGCGGCCACCGCGCCCAAUAUGAGCAGGAGAGCACGACAAUCCAGAACUUGCCGGGGCUGCCGGCCGGCGUGAAGUUCGACCCGACGGACCAGGAGCUGCUGGAGCACUUGGAGGGCAAGGCGAGGCCCGACACCCGGAAGCUCCACCCCCUCGUCGACGAUUUCAUCCCCACCAUCGACGGCGAGAACGGCAUCUGCUACACUCACCCAGAGAGGCUCCCCGGUGUCAGCAAGGACGGUCUUGUCCGGCACUUCUUCCACCGGCCGUCCAGGGCGUACACGACUGGUACAAGGAAGCGGCGGAAGGUGCACAGCGGCGACGGCGACGACGGCGGCGGCGGAGGGGAGACGCGGUGGCACAAGACGGGCAAGACCAGGCCGGUGCUGUCCAACGGAAGGCCCCGCGGGUACAAGAAGAUCCUGGUGCUCUACACAAACUACGGCAAGCAGCGCAAGCCCGAGAAGACCAACUGGGUGAUGCACCAGUACCACCUCGGCUCCGACGAGGAGGAGCGCGACGGCGAGCUCGUCGUCUCCAAGGUCUUCUUCCAGACGCAGCCCAGGCAGUGCGGCUCCACCAUGGCCAAGGAGGCCGCCGUCGUCGUCCCUGCCGCCGCCGCCGUCACCGGCAGCAGCGACGCAUUUAUUGCCGGCGGCCAUCACCAGGGUGGUGGUGGUGGUGGUGGUGGCGUCCUCAGGGAUGCAAACGGCGGAGUCGAUCAGUUCUACAGCCCAGGAGCAAUGAUGGGGUAUGGCCAGGGGGUCCCACCAAGUAACAGGGCACCUCCUGCCCCUGUUGCGGCUCCCCACUUCAUGCCUAACUUUGCUGUGCAUGCAGCAAGGGCUAGCUUUGGUCCUUGA